UAUAAAUUUUUUGAAAAAAAUUCAAUAUGGCGGCUACGUGGCGCCAAUUUCAAAUGUGACAUUUUUCAUUUUAUUGUUAUUUCAAUUUUUAAAAACUUCUUUAUGUACGAUAUUAUACCGAUGUAUGGUAUCAUAUGGUUUUUCCAUAAUCUAAGGGGUUGACAUUUACAAAACGUAUACAUGUUCCUUAGCAAUGGUUUAUUAGAAAAAAAGAAGAUAAAAUCUGCUAAGUAUCUAUCUUUCCUCUCUUAUAUACAUAGUCUCUGAUAUAAAAGAAAGAUUGCAUUGAAGUUUCAACUGUUUGAGAAUUACAUACUGUAAAAUAAGAAAGCAAUCGCUUUAAAAUCAGUAUAUUCUUGACGGAGUUACGAUAAUACUACAAAUAUAGGUACUAUUUUGCACACAAUUUUCAAUUACUACCUAAAUAAAACAGUCGUGUACCUAAUUCAAUCAAACAUUUGGCGCCCAGCUGUCUGACGGAAUGACAUCGUCUAUAACUGUAACUAAAAAAAAUUAUAUCACUUUCUUUAUUGCCAUAGAUUAAAAAGUAAUCAAUUAUGUUACGGUUGUAAUGAUACGUUAUUGCAACAGUAAAUCAUAAAAUGUAAUCCGUGGAAUAUCUGUGGAACAUCGAUAUGAUGGUGUAGGUGGCAGCACAGACGAGAUAGCUCAGUCACCGCCCGCCCGUUCCCGGGCAGACAGCUGUUCAUGAGGGCUGCGAUCGAUUUUUUCAGCGUUUCGAAACGUACCCAUGAAAUAACCGCGCGUAGCCUCAUAAACAUCACAUUAUAGUGUAUAUAAUGAAUAAAUUAAUACAUGAAGAACUGUAUAAAUCCGAAUUAUAGUGUUAAUCUUAAGUUUAAAAUCACUGACUUACCUUAUAAAAGGACAUAGAGGGAGAGAGGUGUACAAAAAAGGAUAGCUAGUAGAAUUAACAACGUUUCAUUCUGUUUUAAUUGAAUUAUGUUUGGUAUCCUGGAAGUGUAAUGUAUUUUUCAUGUGGAUUGGGGUUUGCGAUUAAUUUUCACGACCGCUCCAGAUUUUUUUUACAACUGUGAGACAUAACAUGAUCCUGCCCUUCGCCCACCCAUAGAUGAAGUACAAUAGCCUUCUAGACGUAUACAGCUAUAACAGACGCUAAUAAAAAAAAAUUAAAGACUAAAAUUUUUCAUCUGUGGACUUAGAAGAUGACAGAUACUUGUAGAGAUGCACUGUAGCGCAGUAACUGUGAAAAGUAACAGUUAUUUUUAGAAUGAUUUACUAAGAGAAAAAAGAACUGUUAUUAAAAAGAUGGCGACGCCGCCAGAGUCUCCUGUUGAGGAGCAUGCGUACGAAUUGGAGCCGAGUCGGACGCCGAAACCUAUUCCAGUGGCACUAGAAGAACUGUGUAGGCAGACUAAGUUCUCAAAACAAGAAAUUAGGGUCAUGUACAGAGGAUUUAAAACGGAAUGUCCAGAAGGAGUCGUCCAAGAGGAAUCCUUUAAAGAUAUAUACGCUAAGUUCUUUCCACACGGCAAUUCGGCUCUCUACGCGCAUUACGUGUUUAAAGCUUUCGACGUGAAUUGCAGUGGGGCGAUCAGCUUUAGAGAGCUUUUAGUAACCCUGUCGACCCUCCUCCGAGGGUCGGUUUACGAGAGACUCCGCUGGGCCUUCCGGCUCUAUGAUGUUGACGGGGACGGAGCGAUCACCAGACAGGAACUGGCCGAGGUUGUGGUAGCGGUACACGAGCUGUUGGGACGACGGGCUCCACCAGGGUCCCCUGCUGCAAGAUUGGACGAUGCGAAGGCUAAUGAACAGGUGGACCGCGUGUUCAGGAAGCUGGACCUAAACCAGGACGGCGUGAUCACCAUCGAGGAGUUCCUGGAGUCGUGUCUGAAAGAUGACGUCAUCACUCGCUCGCUGCAAAUGUUCGACACGGCGCUAUGACGUCAGACUGACACAGCGGAGGCGCGCACUGCUCCCAGGAGCGUAGUUAAGCGCGCGGGCCCGCCAUAUCGUAUUUCCCGCCAUUACUGCCACUGCUCCCGGGCCCAGUCGGGGUUCCUCCACGGCAUGGCGGCCGCGUGGCGCCUCCGCGCGCAGGAGUACGCGCGCUACCUCGCCGCCUUCGAGAACUUCUACGUCGGCAUCCUCCGCCCGAAGAUCAAGAGCGUACUGUUUUUCCAUUUCUAGACGUUGUUCCCGUUCGCGUGUUUAGAGUUAGCCGACCCAUAAUGUUACUGGACACGGUUUUAAUUUGGCUGUUUGUAUUGUCUACCUUACGCAUUUUGUCUGUACCUGAUAAUAAAAAAUAAAAAAAAUAGAUACCAUUAUAGAUGUAGAUUCCGAGAUAUAGUUUGAGCAUGAUUUAAAUACUACGUGACUUGCGCAAUAACAGUUUCACAAUAAGAUCUACUGCGCAAACAACUAUAGAUAGUUUGUUUAAGUUUAUUUCCUCGACCUACAAUGAUAUAGGAACCUUAGAUUAUAAAUUGAAUAACAAUAACUUUAAAAAUGGAAUAUUUUUUUUGAAAAUAGAACCCUAAUAUAAUAUGAAAUAUCAAGUUCAACUUUAUUUUUUCAAUAUAGUAAAAAAAAAAAAAAUCUUUAUAGUACAUACCUAAGUAUGUAUAACUAUCAAAACUAUGAUGAGUUCUAAAAUCAAAUAUAUUUUUUUUUAAAUAGACUUUUUAACACACGAUAUUUCAUUCAUUUAGAUAAAUAUUAAAAAUAUUAUUUUAAAAUAACAAUUAUAAAUGCAAUAUUUCAAAUCUAGUGACACUCAAGGAAUUUAAAGUCUUUUAACUGGAUUAAUUUUUCGUUUCCAUAGACUAGAUAGUAAAAUAGACAAUUUCAAUCAUGUUAAAAAAAGUGAAAUAGUUGUUGAAUAGAAAUAAAGUUAUGCAAUGUUAAUGUUAGCGAAUCCAAUUUUAACUGCCAAUGUUUUGUUGAUUAAAUAUAGCUGUUUGCGUUAUUGAUUUAGUAUCUUUUUUUUUUUUUUUUAUUAAAAAAAGCUUUCUCUAGGAACGCGAAUCACGUACGGAAUGUAGCCAAUAGGCUGUUUUAAUAUGUAGCAUUUUAAACAUUUUCUAGUAUAGUACGGUUGAGCGCAAAAGUUUUUUAUUUUUUUUAAUGAUCUAUGUGUUUUUUUUUUCUUAAUAUUCUAAAUUUAAAAUGUAUUUACUCUGUGGAGAUAUUCAAUAUAAACCAUACAUAUAUCGACCAGCAUAAAAUAAAUUACUUAAAUAACUCUUAAUUUUUAAAUUAGAGACAUUUUUUAAUUAUAAAUUGAUUGAUUAAUUAUGUAGAUAUUGAACUCAUAGUUUUCUCAUACUUUUUUAAUAACUUACGUAAUACAGUUUAAAAUACGAAAGCGUCUAUUGUGCAAAUUUUAUUCUAUAUAUUUUUUCCUUGUCGUUUUCUUUCUAAAUAAAAAAAACGAAUAGAUACAUUUAUUUUCAAAUCAUAGAAAUAAAUUGAAUAAAUUUAAUUUACUUUAAAAGUUCACAUACUUAUUUUUUUUUUAUAUGAAAUUAGAUUAUUUUUGGAUAAAUUUCAAUUGACUAAUAGAGUUAAAAAUCAGAACCAAUAAUAAUAAUUAAGAAUAAGUAUAUAGCCGAAAAUUUUAUUAAUUUAAUGUAAUUGUUAUUAUUACUGUAUGUUUUAAUAUAACAAAGAGUAUUACAUAAUAUUAUAUACCCAUUUAAAAAUGUCGACGACAAAUUACUUUUACGCUCAACCUGUCAUAGCGAAUUGUUAUGCAGUUUUUUUUUCUAUGGUAGUGUAUUUAGUAACAACAAUAAAUAAAAUAGUUAUGUCCCGUGAGUUGAAAAAUUAAAAAAAAAAUUAGGUUAGUCGAUGCAUAAUGAUUCGAUAGAAAAAUAAACAUAAAUAUGAGACUCUUAUACAUAAGUAGUAAAAGAUUUUACUUUUUUGAUUUAGAAAUGUCCAUUAUCAGAAAUAUAUCAAGCAAUUAAUUCUAUUGAAUUUUUCAAUUACUAGCUAAGUAUUAUCAGACUACAUAUACUAAUGUACUUUAUAGUUUUUAUUUCGUUUUCUCGAUUUUCAUGUUGAUUUUAAGAUAUCGGUAGACAGUUGUAGAUUAAAUAUUAAAUGCAAUAGAUACAAUUUGAGAUUAUUAUAAAUUAACACAACAACAAAGAAAUAAAAGUAUAAGUCUUCACUAGCCACAGGUAUUCACAGGCACACAUCCUUUAUUUUUUGACAAUGGCAACAACUGCUCGUGUUACAAUCAAUAGUUACGUAUUAAAAAAAAAAAUAGCACUAGGCUGUAUGGGGCUCGUUCUUUGCCUGUACGAUCUGGACGAAAUUUUUAAAAAACAUCAAUACCUAGUUCUUCGACUAAAAACAUUUAUUUGACAUGUUUACUUGAUGAGUGAUAUUUUUUCUACAAAAAAAAAAAAUGACAGGGUAAAACAAACCGCUCCUAAUGACACAAACUUUUCAAAAUGUGCGCGUUUUAACGAAAUUUUUGACACGCUUAUCAUGAAAGAUGUAUUUUUCGAAAAAAAAACAUUUUCUUUGUACAAAUUCUUUUGGCUUGUGUCCGUUUUUUAUCACGGCUUUUUUUAUAACAUUUACAAAACGCAAAACGCUUCGAUGGAAAUUUUUAAUAAACACAUUUUCUAAUGUACUUCUUAUUGUUAUCAUUAUCAUAUUGAUAAAUUAAUGCGUACUCCACAAUGUAAUAUCUAUAAUCUAAGAACAAGGAAUUACAUAGAAGGAAUAAUAAAAUAAAAAAUAUAAAUCAUAUGGGUGCCUCCUUUCUGCUUAUUUAUUAUAGGAUUACCAACAUAAGAUACAGCUAAACAUUUCAAUACAAUACACUGGUAGAUUAGAUCUAACUGUUCUUACAUUUAUACGCGACCACAGCAUGCCUUGUGUUUGAUAAACAUUAAAAUAGAAUUAAAUUAUUAAAUGUCAUUAAACAAGUAAAAAUAUUAUCAAUAUAAAUAAUGAAACAUGUAAUUGUUUUAAAUUAUAAAUAAAUAUAAUGCAAUGGCGAGGUACAUCAACAUUUCAAUUUAGCCAUGAACACAGAGUGACAAUCGUUGUGAAUAUCAAGUUCGGGCUUGGUUUUUACAAUAUCGUUAUACAGACACGUUAUGCGGACGAUAGGUGAUUCGCAGCCCAAGUUUGUUCUGCAAGCUGCAUUUUUAAAUAGAUUGCAAGGAUGCAAAUACAAUUUAUUUAUUUAUUUAUUUAUUUAAACACCAACAGCAUAUUGCAUUAUAACAUAUAGGUAUAACAACAUUAAAUACAAUACAAUAUUAAUGCACAUGCCUAUUAUAGGUAUUCACAACAUUCACUUUAACGUAAUUAUACAGUGUAAGAAAUUUAAGUAAAUAACAAAAAUAAACAUGUAAUCUAAGUUGUGAGCAAAAUCAGUUACAAUUAGUAAAAAGGGGACGAAAGAUACAUCAUCUGUUGCUAUUUCUCUCAAUUCACAGCAGGCUAGUGUAUAGAAAAUGUUAUACAGCCAUAUAACCCUACCAAAUUCAGAUACAACCUGUUCGCAUACUUUAUACAUAAACUGUGUCCAAUAUAUAAUCUAGUAAUGUAAAUGAACAAAAAUUUUUACAUAUAUAUUUUCUAUGCCUGCUAUAUGAAUUGCAUAUCUUUCGUCCUCUUUUUACUAAUUAUAUUUGCAUGAGAAGAAAGGAGGCAACCAUAUGAUUUUACAGUUUUUAUUUUAUCAUUCCUUCUAUGUAAUUCCUUGUUUUUAGAUCUAUCAUCGCUAAUGUAUAGGUUACUUAUAUACCUAUUGCAUAGGUACAUACUUGUUAAUUACUCUAUGGAGUUUAAAAAUAUAAUAUUAUCUAUGGUUGCUGUUAUUAUUUACGGUACUUAGCAAGAUAUCAUACGAUUUUACCGUCACGAUAUAAUAGGAGAGUAAAAUAUAUUUGUUUUUGUUUUUUUUCUGUAAUGUGUAAUCUGUUAAAAUAUCACUCUUUCUUACGUUCUAAUCGAAUACGCCUAUUUUAGGUAAGCAUUCAUUCUCCCUGAUCAAUUCCCAACCCUCACAAACUAUUUUUUUUAUACAACUUAGAAUGGCAAACAAGCCGACGGCCCACCUGAUGGAAAGUGGUAAUUGUCGCCUAUAGACAUGAGCAGUACCAUGGACAUAACAGAGUAUGCUGUUUCGCCUAUGAUACCCCCCAUGCGUUGCCGCUCCUGAGGACUCAGGUGUUAUUGCUCUGUACCCAGUAAAUUCACGCCAUAUCCCACCCUUCAAACCGAAACACAGCCAUGCAAACACAACUGCUUCACAGUAGAAACAUAAAUGGGACAGAGGUACCUAAGCAAUCGACUUUUGUACAAAGUCUCCCUCUGGUAUCAAUUAAUAAUAAUAAUAUGUAAUAACCUAUAAACAUAUAAUAAUUAUAUCAAUUAAAUGGAAUACUUUCAUUUUUCGAUAUCAUUAAAGCAUAAAUUUAAAAUCGUCUCUAUACAAUCUUUAUUAAUAAUAUAAAUGUGAAAGUGAGUUUGUUUAUUUUAUUUAUUAUUAAAUUACCUUUUAGCGGCAUAACAGCUUAAUCAAACACUAUGAAAUUUAGUAUAUAGGUACGUACUAUAUGUGAUGGAGGUGGGCAUAGGCUUCUCUUUAUCUCGGUCAAUAAACAUCUCUCUCUCUCUCUCUCUCUCUCUCUCUCUAUAUAUAUAUAUAUAUAUAUAUAUAUAUAUAUAUAUAUAUAUAUAUAUAUAUAUAUAUAUAACAGUUUCAUAUAUUUCGCUCUCCAUUAUUUACUGACGGUAUUUAAAAGCGUCCUAAUGUAUCAAAUAAAGUUACAAAAAGGAUAAAUAUUCAAAUAUUUUACAAAAAUGGACGCUUGGAUCUUUGUUACACUUUGUUACAUGGAUAGAGGAUCUCGUUUGUUCUUAAUGAACAGAAAUAUUUAAGGCCUAUAAAAUCAAAGGCAGCUAAACGUCAAAAAAUCGAUUUCAUUUUCACUCUGUACUCAAAUAUAGAGGGAGUUCUAUUAAUUAGAAUUCAAAUUAUUACCAAUAUUCUAUUUUUUUUUUUCAAUCUGAUUUCAAAUAUAGAAUAUCGUUCCAUAUCCAUGACAAAAUAUUAGUUUUGUAGUUUCCUGAACAUUUGACAGAUUUGGAUUUAGCUGUCUUUGAUUUUAUAAGCCUCAUUUGUAAUAAAUGUUUAUAGCAAUCAACAAGCAAUCUAAAUCAUAUCAUAACUAAUUAGCUUAAAUAUAAUUUGGCAAUUUUCGGAUAAAACUUUAUUAAAAAUAUCAUAAUAUUUAAUAAUUAUCCACUGAUUUAUCUGACCACAUUAUCCGGAAGUUUUAUCUGGAAAUUGAAUAAUUGGUUAUGACAACGACAAAUAAUUUGAACAAGAUUUUAAUGGCAUGCGACUUGCGCAGUCUAAUAUCUACGUAUAAAAGUAUCUGUAAAAGGUACUGCGCAAAUUUCAUUGUUUUCGUUCAAGUUAUUUGGCGCGAACUGUACAUUACCUACUGCGAAAAUUAUUUUUCCAUAGACAAACUAAUCGCAUUUCAAAUGCUCUGUAUUUAAAUUAAAAUGAUUGUGAAAUAAUAAAUGGAAUUGAUUUUAUAAAAGUUGGCGCGAAGUUUUAACGUAUAAUUGUUUUUACCAAGGAAUUGAAAUUUGUAAUUAAUUAAACUAUUAUUUAUUACAUGCGUUUAUUAAAUAUGAUUUUUAUCUAAAGAACUCCAUGUUUUAUAUUAUGCUUAUCUAUACCUUUUUUUUUUAAUCAUCUACGAAUGACUUAAAACUGAACGGUUUUAUAUCCGCAUUUAUAUUUGUAUUUGAGUAUCAAUAUUAUUAAAAAAAAAAAAACUAUUAAUUGCUUAAAAAAAAACAACAUUAUUAACUAGUUACCUUAGAGUUAAAUGUACUUACAUAUUAUUAUUUUCACAGCAAAUCGCUUUAAUUUCAGCAAACUUAAUAAAUAAAGAAUUAUACUUAAUUCUUUAUUUAAAAUCAAUUUUUAAAAUAUUAAAUUGUUAGUCCUAUCAUAGCGCAGUCAUACAUUAUUUUUAAACCAUAAUACUAGUCUAGUACGCAGUAGGUUAUUAAAUAAUCUUAUGAAUUAUAGAUUUAAAGAUUGUAAUCAUUCACUGCGGUGUAAGAUACUGGCUGAAACUAAAUAGUUGUUUUUUAUUCGUUUAUUUAUACAUAAAAUUAAAAAAAAAGAAAUAAUAAACAUUCUUUGAUGACCAAUUAUUUUUUUAUCUCUAUGUAUGUACCUAGAAAGAAUUGGCGCCAAAAUUCCUUACUACUCAGUUCAAUUUCCAAUCAAUCAAGAGAGUUAACCAGUUAUUCACCGCGGUCGAAUGCGCCAUAGAAUUGAAAUCAUAAAUUGUGACUGAUAAAGAAGAUGGUUCUUCGUAGUUAAAAGUUACUGGAAUACUUUUUUCGUAACUUCAAUACUUUUUAGUCUGUGGCAAGGACCAAGUAUGCAUUUUUUUUAACGUAUUGUAUUGUCCAUGCAUUGUGUUUACCUCUAAAGAGCCAAUGUAAUGACAAAAAAGCAUAAUAAAUAUUGGUAAGCCGUUAUCUAACGGAUACAGCGUCCUCCAUAAAACCGUCUACUGAAUUAGUCCCGAUAGGCUAACUGGCCUGUUUUCAUCGGGAUCACGGGAUCACCAUUCCUGUAUCACCCAUAAAAAAAACCAUAGUCUACGGUUACUAUUCCAUUAUUAUUAUUAAUAAAAAAAGUUUUACUUUGGGUAAUACAGUCCGAGACAAUACAUAGUUACUCAAUUGAAGUUACAAAAAUGUAUUCAUAGUUUUAUUCAUGUUUUAGACCUAUUAGAGUAGAAGAGUAUAUACUAUCAGGGUUAGACAUGGUUGGUUUACCGAAAUAUCGUCAUAGUCGUAGAAUACUGACGGAUCUAUAUAUGUAAUAUUUGUCAGAUCCGUCGGUAUUCUACGACUAUGACGAUAUAUGCAUUUUGAAUGUUAUUUCUUUUUAUAUUAUUUAUGUAAGUGACAUAGGUGUUAAUUUGUUCAUUUUCCUAAUUCUAUAAACCUAUAUUCAAUUAUGUGCUAGUUGGUAAAAUCAAUACAAGUUGGAUAUAUUAAUAAAAAUUAUAUAUUAUAUAUUUAAUUUUUAAACUACAGUAAUUCUGUACUUACAAAAAAGUUUCAAUUAAACUGCUCAUAAAUUCAUAUUAAGCGAAUUCAAAACUUUCCUUUGCUUUAUAGAUUCUUUUAUUAUUAUAUUAAUUUAUAAAAUACAUAAAAAUGUGUUUAAUAAUUCGAGUACCUACUUUAUUUUUUCUUUUACCUACAGUUCAUAAUUUAUUAUUUUUAACAAAGCCGAAAUUCGCGCGAUACUGCAUAAUAAUAAUUAAAACGAGUGACACAUUUACAUUCAUACCUAUUAUAGGAGUAUUUACCUAGAAAUUUAAAAUGACGCUGCAAAAUCAUCAGUUUGAAUAAAUUUAAAUCGAUUCACUGCCGCAAAAACAAUCUAUAGUGAGCAGAAAUGACUAUUUACUCAAAUAACACUAAUGUAAGAUACGAAAUAUCUAUUUUCCUAGGUGGUUAGUUAUUUUCUAUACAUACUAAAGCGAUAUACCUAAUAUAUGAAUAAUUAAAUAUUAUGUGUUUAGCAGCAUCGUUUUAAAUUUCAUUUUUAUCAAAUUAUACAAUUAAUUGUUUACUACGACGAAAUUAAACUAUACAAUAAAUGGAGGCACCACAAUCUGUGUAUUAUUAUAUUUUCGAAUACGCCAGAGUAUUUGGCGGUAAUACUUAACUUUAAGACGUUAUAUAUUUGUAUUUAAAUACGCGGCAAUUGCUGAUUGUAUUAAAACAGUAUUCUUUCUGUAUUCAUAUUAAUAAUACAUUUAAAGAGAAAUAGAUAUUUACAAGUAACAAAGUUCGAUUGUCACGUGACUUGAACUGUAACAAUUUUUUCCUUUGCCUCUACUGCGCAAACUUCAUUCUCUAUGGUAUUGUACGUAAAUUUUUGCCGCGAACUGUUCAAUCCAUUAUCUAUUAAAAUUGAACGAUAAAUUAACAAUUUAUCACUGUAUUAUUUAAUGUCGUCGAAGAAUAACGAUUGUAAAUUGUAAUGAAAAUUGUAAAUAUUUUUUCGCUGUGUCGAGACGUCCACGUUACAUCUGAUAGUAAAUCAGUUCUUCAUGUU